GGGGAGAUGUCGGGCGGGGGGUGCAGUAUAGUGUGGUUUAGGAGAGAUCUGAGAGUGGAGGACAAUCCGGCGCUGGCGGCCGCAGUUAGGGCCGGCGCGGUGGUGCCGGUGUUCGUAUGGGCGCCGGAGGAGGAAGGGCACUAUUAUCCCGGUAGGGUUUCGCGGUGGUGGUUGAAGCAGAGCUUGGCGCACCUUGAUAUCUCGUUGAGGAGCCUCGGCGCUGCUCUUGUUACGAAGAGGUCUUCCGAUAGCGUUUCUUCUCUGGUCGACGUCGUGAAAUCCACCGGAGCUACUCACGUCUACUUCAACCAUUUGUACGAUCCUAUAUCAUUGGUUCGGGAUCAUCGAGCGAAGCAGGUUUUAUCACAGGAGGGAGUGACUGUUCUUUCCUACAAUGCGGACUUGUUCUACGAGCCGUGGGAAGUACACGACGAGGAAGGUCGACCGUUCACGACAUUCGCCGGAUUUUGGAACCGGUGUCUAACAAUGCCGUACGAUCCAGAAGCUCCUCUUCUCCCGCCUAAACGAAUAUUCCCCGGCGACGUGUCGAGAUGCCCAACGGAUGUUUUGGUAUUCGAAGAUGAGUCCGAGAAGGGAAGCAACGCGCUUCUCGCUCGAGCAUGGUCUCCGGGGUGGAGCAACGCCAACAAGGCUCUCACGACUUUUCUCAACGGGCCGUUGAUCGAAUACUCGAAGAACCGUCGAAAGGCUGACAGCGCGACGACGUCGUUGCUCUCGCCGCAUCUACAUUUUGGGGAAGUCAGCGUGCGCAAGGUCUUCCAUCUUGUUCGGAUUAAGCAAGUUUUGUGGGCGAACGAGGGAAAUCGAGCGGGCGACGAGAGUGUCAAUUUGUUCCUAAAAAGCAUCGGUCUUCGGGAGUAUUCCCGAUACAUGAGUUUCAACCAUCCGUAUAGCCACGAGAGGCCGUUGCUCGGCCACCUUAGGUACUUCCCUUGGGUCAUCGACGAGGGGUAUUUCAAAGCUUGGAGGCAAGGCCGCACCGGAUAUCCUCUCGUCGACGCCGGAAUGCGGGAGCUUUGGGCUACCGGGUGGCUGCACGACCGGAUACGGGUGGUCGUUGCGAGUUUUUUCGUUAAGGUUCUGCAGCUCCCAUGGCGAUGGGGAAUGAAGUAUUUUUGGGAUACGUUGCUCGACGCCGAUCUCGAGAGCGACGCCCUCGGCUGGCAGUAUAUUUCCGGGACACUGCCGGAUGGUCGGGAAUUCGAUCGCAUCGACAAUCCACAGUUUGAAGGUUACAAGUUCGAUCCGUAUGGAGAGUACGUUCGACGAUGGCUUCCCGAGCUUUCCCGUCUCCCGACGGAAUGGAUCCAUCAUCCGUGGAACGCACCCAGCUCCGUGCUCCAAGCUGCCGGGAUCGAACUCGGUUCGAAUUACCCGCUCCCAAUAGUCGAAAUUGCGGCGGCAGAAGCUCGAUUAGAGGAGGCACUUUCCGAAAUGUGGCAGAUCGAGGCGGCAUCGAGGGCGGCAAUCGCCAACGGUACGGAAGAGGGCCUCGGAGACUCAUUGGAGUCAAACCCGAUUGCCUUCCCUUCGGACACACAAAUGGAAACUGAUGAAGAACCCACGGUUAGAAACAACAACAACAAUAUCAACAACAACAACAACGUUGUUGUUCGAAGAUACGAGGAUCAAAUGGUGCCUAGCAUGACAUCGUCGUUUGUCCGAGGGGAAUCGGAGGAAACGUCCGCCGAUCUCCGCGAUCGGGGCAACGAUAGCCGAGGCGAGGUGCCGUCGAACGUACAUGUCGGAACAGAGGAGACGGCGGGACGUGCCCGGGCGUUCGGACACGCGACAUUGCAGACUGAUAGGACGGAAUUUCCUCGGCGUCGGAGGAACUCGGAAGAGUCGUCGACGGAGUCGUCCAAUGGCAGUAGACGGGAACGGGAUGGCAGCAUCGUCCCGGUCUGGUCUCCGUCAAAUUCGGCGUACCCGAAUCAGUGGCCGCCGCCAGGCAGCGGCGGUGACGACAGCGGUCGAGCGACGAGCUCCUCAUACCUGCCGCCGCCGCAGUCGCACCAGAUAUUUAACUGGAGCCAGCUUUCUCAGACCGGGUAAGGAUCUGACAGUGGUUUUACUCGGACCGGAUUGACAGAAUCCGCAAACCGGUGGCGCCGGCGGGUUUUCCGAUCAGCUCAGGCGGUUCGGCUGUAUCCUUUUUCUUGUUGUGUAAUUAUUAAUUAUCGCCGGCGAGGUUAGGGUAGGUCAUCAAAAUGUGCAUGUUGGAUUAACUAAGGAGAUACAGCAGCAGCAGUUGUAAUAAAUUAAUGUUGUAAUGAUGAACCGUAUACGUAUUUUUCUUGUAUAUAUACAUACUACAAGAACACUGUCUUCUUGGGAGAAUAGGGAUUAAUCAAUUGAGUAUUGUUU